AUGCCACUCGACGGCGUCAAGAAGAUUGUGCUGGUCCUUUCCGGAAAAGGAGGGGUGGGAAAGUCGUCGGUGACGCUUCAGCUCGCGCUCGCGCUUUCGCUGCAAGGCAAAUCAGUCGGCAUUCUCGACAUCGAUCUGACCGGCCCGUCAAUUCCAAGACUCGUUGGGAAGGAAAAUGAGAAGAUCACACAAUCCCCCCGUGGCUGGAUCCCCGUUGAGGUACACCCGACAGAGCUAGCAGCGAAUCAAGAAGAGAGUAGCUCGGCGACGCCGCGCGGUUCGUUGCGAUGUAUGUCUGUCGGCUUCCUUUUACGGGACCGUGGAGAUGCGGUGAUAUGGCGAGGCCCGAAGAAGACAGCAAUGGUACGGCAGUUUCUCACGGAUGUGUACUGGGGGGAGACGGACUAUUUGCUUAUAGACACACCACCGGGGACAAGCGACGAGCAUAUUAGUAUCGGCGAAAGCCUCCUCACCAUGGCAUCUACAUCAUCUACUACCGCUACAUCUCAAAACAUACCUCACCUUGCCGGCGCUGUUCUCGUGACGACACCGCAGGCCGUCGCGACGUCUGAUGUGCGCAAGGAAAUAAACUUCUGCGCAAAGACGCGGAUCCCGGUUCUGGGCGUCAUUGAGAAUAUGUCUGGCUAUACAUGCCCCUGCUGCGGAGAAGUGAGCAAUAUUUUCUCACGAGGUGGAGGGGAGGUCAUGGCGACUGAGAUGGGUGUUCCCUUUCUGGGCCGGGUCCCGAUCGAUAUCAAGUUCGGACAGCUCGUUGAGAGUCAAAAGAUUGAGGGUGAUAUAGACAGUGAUGCUGACGAAGAAAUGGAAGUCGAUCAGGCAGCGACGCAACAGUCUCUGGUGGAAGAGGAUAAUAGGUUAUUAGUGGACAAGUAUAGGGAUUGCUGGUCUCUUCCUAUAUUUGAAGGGUUCACCAAAAGUCUUUUGGAGAAGGUUGAGAGUUCUGCUAGUCAGACGUAA